AUGCGCUUCCCCAUGAGGACCCGUCUCGUUGCAGGCCUUCUACUGGUGGCAUACCUUGGGCUGUUUCCCACACCCGCCAUGGGCGAGAGGACUCGCAGCACUCCAUUCAAGCUCGGAAAUAUGUCUGCAAACGCCGUUGCGCGGACCCCCACGGUUAUCUCACUGGUCGAAGCGCUGGCAACCAAUGCCCAGAUCAGCACGAAGCGGGUCGCCUCUGUCUGUCAGCGAUAUUUCGCUGUGAUCUAG